GCCGCUGCUGCUGCUGCUGCUACCGUGUGUUCCCGCUAUCGUCUGCGCGCGUCUCAGUCCUAAAAUCCACUUGGCAGAGUUCGGUAUUCGGUAUUCGGUAUUCGGUCUGUGCCUCGACUCCGCGCGCAAUCACGGGAAUACGAGUACGCUGUUGCUGUAUGCCGUUCCAUUUAUAAUAACGAUACUUUUUUAAAUUUUUUAUAAUGCAACGCAGAACUAGUGUGUGGCUAAGAAGAAGUGAAUGCUAAGGCAACAAAACAAAAGAAAACCCAUGAUGUCGCGAAACAAAUGUGUGUGCAGGCGACGCGUCGCUGCCGACGUAUACAAACCUAGAGCUGUCGCGUUUUAUGUAAGAUCGCGUGCACAGGUGCCCCCAACACAGCGCACACAACAAAUUUAAUACAUUGAAAAAAGAGCAGCAUUCACCGAGACGAAAACGUCGCCGCCGACAUUGCAGUGCAGUGAGAGUGAGUGGGAGCGGGAGCUACGUCGUUUAUACUGUCCAGCACACCACCCAAAUACAGCACUUAACGCUGCUGCUGACUUGUUUUUGUGUACACUUUUUUGUUGUCUUGUGUUCUACGUUCGUUUAUUUGUUGUUUUGACUGUGCGUAUGUCUUAGGUUUAUUGGCUGUGUAUGUGUGUUUUGUGUUUGCAUAGUGUUAAAAAUCAAAAUAGUUGAGGAAACUAAACGAAAAGGCCACGGCAAUAUGCUAUUAUUAACAAAAACAAGCAUUACCGUCGACGUCGUUGCCGCAAACAACAGAACGCUGCUGCCUCUGCCGUCGUCGCCGCCGUCGCAUGCAUAACUUAAAUUUUUUUAAUAUAUUGUUUUUAUUUUGUAUAAUGGAUCGUCGUGCAUUGAAGUUUAUGCAGAAAAGAGCGGACACAGAAAGCGAAACAACAACACCAGCAGCAGCCCCAGGAUCCUCUUCAGUACCAGCUCCAGCAGGAGGCGGCACACUACCUCUGAAGGAUAACUCGAAUAUUCGCGAAAAGCCGCUACACAACAGUAACAACAACAAUAACAGCUCCCAGCACCAGCAGCAACCCAGCAAGCAGCUCGAGCGGCCCCUGAAGUGCCUGGAAACGCUCGCACAGAAGGCGGGAAUCACCUUCGACGAGAAAUACGAUGUGUCCAGUCCCCCGCAUCCGGGUAUCGCCCAGCAGCCGUCAUCGACACCAGCCGCAGCCACAGUCACUGCCCAAGCCCAUCGCAACGGAGGAGCCAACACAGGCGCUGGAACACCCCCCACUGCACGUCGUCACGCACACACACCGGUCACAGCGAACACCCCAAACACCCCGAACACUCACAACAGCAACCCACAGCAAUCCCGACACAGCGGCAGCAACCACACCAUGGAGAAGUCACAGAGCCCCGCCCAACAGGUGCCGUCCGCCACAUCGGUGCCCCUGCAGAUCUCACCAGAGCAGCUGCAGCAGUUCUACGCGAGCAAUCCGUAUGCCAUCCAGGUGAAGCAGGAGUUCCCCACGCACACGGCGGGCACCACCACCACGGAACUGAAGCAUGCGACGGGUUUGCUGGACGCCAGCCAGGCAAGCCAGUUGCAGCUCCAACAGCUCCAGCAGCUGACGGCGGCGGCAGCCGAUGCAGCCGGAGGAAACGGUUCUGCGGGUGGUGGGGCAGGGAGCCAGGGCGGAGGCGCACCCAGUCCGGCGAACCAGCAGGGACAGCAACAGCAACAGCACUCGACGGCCAUUAGUACGAUGUCGCCGAUGCAGCUGGCGGCAGCCUCCGGCGGAGUGACUGGUGACUGGUCACAGGGUCGGACGGUGCAGCUGAUGCAGCCUUCGACGGGGUUUAUCUACCCGCCAAUGAUGAUCUCCGGCAACCUGCUGCACUCCGCGGGCAUCGGCCAGCAGCCCAUACAAGUGAUCACCGCCGGGAAGCCGUUCCAGGGUAACACCCCCCAGAUGAUCACCACUACCACACAGAACGCCAAGCAGAUGAUCGGUGGGCAGGGCGGGUUCGCAGGCGGCACCUACGCCAUCCCCUCCAGCCAGUCCCCGCAGACGUUGCUCAUCUCACCCGUCAACGUCAUCUCCCACUCGCCGCAGCAGCAGCAGAGCAUUCUUCAGUCGAUGGUCGCCCAGCAACAGCAGCAGCAGCAACAGCAACAGCUCAACGCUCAGCAGCAGCAGCAGCUGACAGCGGCGGCAGCGGCUCAGCAGGCGGUGGCCAUGGCCAAGGCGGGUGUGGGAGUGGGAGCUGAUGCCCAGGGCAAGAUGCAGGCACAGAAGGUGGUCCAGAAGGUGACGACCACCACCAACACGGUGCAGGCAGCCUCGGCAGGAGCUGGCGGGGCACAGGCGCAGCAGCAACAGCAACAACAGACCACCACCCAACAGUGUGUCCAGGUCUCGCAGUCGACAUUGCCCGGCGUAGGAGUGGGUGUGGGCGUGGGCGGGCAGCUGCUGAAUUCGCUGGGCGGGACUGGCGCGGGCCAGGGGCAGCAGAUGCUGGGUUCCUGGUUCUGGCAGAACAGCCUGCCGCCCUUCGGCUCGAACUCCAUUAUACUGCGGGGCCCGCCGGACGGCACUCAGGGCAUGUUUAUCCAGCAGCAGCCAACCACGCAGACACUCCAGACGCAGCAGAACCAGAUCAUCCAGUGCAAUGUAACCCAGACACCGACCAAGCCUCGCACCCAACUGGAAGCUCUGGCCACCAAGCAACAGCAGCAACAACAGCAGCAACAACAGCAGCAACAACAGCAGCAGCAACAACAGCAGCAACAGCAGCAGCAACAACAGCAGCAGCAGCAGCAGGCGGCGGCCAAUUGCCAGGCGCAGCAGCAGCAGCAACAACAGCAACAGCUAGCGGUAGCCACAGCUCAAUUGCAGCAGCAGCAGCAGCAGCAGCUGACGGCCCUUCAGCGGCCUGGAGCGCCGAUUAUGCCCCACAACGGAACCCAGGUGCGCCCGGCUAGCUCCGUGUCCACGCAGACGGCGCAAAACCAGAACCUGCUCAAGGCCAAGAUGCGGAACAAGCAGCAGCCUGUCCGUCCGGCGUUGCCGGCCCUCAAGACGGAGAACGGGCAGGUGGUGGCGGUUGGUGCGGUGCAGAGCAAGUCAGUGGGGCAACACAUGGCUGCCAUCCAGCAGCAGCACCAGCAGCACCAACAGCAGGCGAACCUCCACCAGGUGGUCACCACAGCGGGAAACAAGAUGGUCGUCAUGAGCACGGGCACGCCCAUAACCCUGCAAAAUGGUCAGACCCUGCAUGCAGCAACAGCGGCCGGAGUGGACAAGCAGCAACAACAGCAACAGCAGCUGCAGCUUAUGCACAAGCAGCAGUUCCUACAGCAGCAAAUGUUCCAACAGCAGAUAGCCGCCAUCCAGAUCCAACAGCAGGCAGCAGCCCAACAGCAGCAGCAACAGCAACAGCAACAAGUCGCCCAGCAGCAGCAACAACAACAGCAGCAGCAGGAUCAGCGGCAACAGGUGGCACAGGCUCAGGCCCAAGCUCAGGCCCAAGCUCAGGUUCAGGCUCAGCAACAGCAGCAGCAGCAGCAGCAGGCAUUGGCGCAGCAGAUACUGCAGGUGGCGCCAAACACCUUCAUCACCUCCCACCAACAGCAGCAGCAGCAGCAGCAGCUCCACAACCAACUGCUGCAGCAGCAGCUCCAGCAGCAGGCGCAGGCCCAAGUGCAAGCUCAGGUUCAGGCUCAGGCACAGGCACAGGCCCAGCAGCAACAGCAACAGCAGCAACAGCAGCGGGAGCAGCAGCAGCAGAACAUAAUCCAACAAAUUGUGGUACAGCAGGCGGCUGGGGCGGGUCAACAGCAGCAGCCACAGCAACAGCAACAGCAGCAGCAGCAGACGCAGCCAGGACAAUUGCAGCUGAGCAGCGUCCCCUUCUCGGUGUCCUCGACCACGACGCCCGCAGGAAUAGCCACCUCGAGUGCCCUCCAGGCCGCUCUCUCCGCCUCCACCUCCGGCGCCAUCUUCCAGACGGCCAAGUCGACCAUCAGCAGCUCCUCCCUGCCCACCAGCAGCGUGGUGACUAUAACAAACCACACAACGGGACCUCUGGUCACAAGCAGCACAAUGGCAGCCAGCCUUCACCAAGCCCAGCUCCAACAGCAGCAGCAACACCAACAGCACUUCCAACAGCAACACCAACAGCAGCAGCAACAUCAGUUAAUCUCCGCCAGCAUUUCAGCAGCCACACAGCAACAGCAGCAGCAGGGACCACCCGCUCUGGCGGCUGCAUCGUCCUCACCCGCCACGAACCCCAUCAUGGCUAUGACGUCCAUGAUGAACGCCACGGUUGGGCCUGUCACCAGCAGUGCAGUGACACCAUCUCCUGCAACACUGGUCGCGUUCAGCGCUGCCAGUGGAGCCAAUCAUCCGGCGACACCCACCAAGGAGGCGACGCUGAAGAUGCCCACCCCCUCCGCCACCCUGGUGCCCAUUGGGUCCCCUCUAAACAACAGUGCCGUUGGCCAGGAUCACCACCCAUCCUCCGUCAACACCACCCCCAGGUCCGUUGGAAGCGCCAGUGCCUCCGCGGAGGCUAGUAGCUCAACCAGCGACUCGAGGGUAAAUGGAGAGGCCCCGGAGGCGUCUCACAGCAACAGCACGACCCCCACCACGCCUACGAAGCCCACCAUCAGCACGCCCACUACAAGGCAGAGCAAUGUGGUGCUGCCCACGAGUAGCUGCAGCACCACUAGCUCCUCCACCCCCACGCACAGUGGGAAGGAUGAGGGCAAGGGCGGAGCGAGCACAGCCACCAGCACCACCAGCGCACCUUCAACGCCGACAACGACGAUAGUAGGGAACGGGAUUGGGAUAGCCACCCUGGCCAGGGCAGCGAGUACCACUGCGACCACUACCACCACCACGAGCAGCAGCACGACUACACCUACAACCACAACGAGCAUCAGCAAUGGGAACAGCAACGCGGUGGGGAAAGAUCUGCCGAAAGCCAUGAUUAAGCCUAAUGUGCUCACUCAUGUCAUCGACGGAUUCAUCAUCCAAGAGGCCAACGAGCCCUUUCCUGUAACGAGGCAGCGCUACGCAGACAAGGACACCAGCGACGAGCCGCCAAAGAAAAAGACUGCCAUGCAGGAGGACGCGAAGCUGUGCGGAAUAGCCACUGCAACGCCAACCACAACCAAAACCCAAACAGCAGCUGCUAAUGCAGCGGGUCUACCCACGGACAUGGUGGCCUGCGAGCAUUGUGGCAAGCUGGAGCACAAGGCGAAGCUCAAACGGAAGCGCUUCUGCUCCCCAGGAUGCGCUAGGCAGGCGAAGACUUGCGUUGCAGGCAUUGGAGCUGCAGCUGCAGCUGGAGGCGGACUGGGAGAGAACAAUGGAAUGGGAAUGGAUAUGGAAAUGGGAGGAAUUGUGGGAGUGGAUGCCAUGGCUCUGGUGGACAAACUGGACGAGGCUAUGGCCGAGGAGAAAAUGCAGAUGCAGACCGACGCCUUGCAGGCGCUGCAGCCCGAUCCGAUUCCGAUGUCGACCACCACGGAGGGGCCACUGGUGUCUCUUCCUGUCCUGCCGGUCAUGGCAGCCACCCCCGUUCCAGUUCCUCCCUUAGUUGCAGUCGCACUCGCAGUCCCCACUCCUGUGGCCCUGCCUGCGGCUCCGUCUCCAGCUCCCACCCCACCUGCGGCAGCAGUGGCGCCCCAGCCACCUGUACCAACACCAACAUCCUCCUCGACCGCAGGCGAGCGUUCGCCCAUUUGCAACUGGAGCGUGGAGGAGGUCGCUGACUUCAUACGGAACCUGCCCGGCUGCCAAGACUAUGUGGAUGACUUUGUCCAGCAGGAGAUCGACGGUCAGGCGCUGCUGCUGCUAAAGGAGAAUCACCUGGUAAAUGCCAUGGGGAUGAAGCUGGGUCCCGCCCUCAAGAUUGUGGCCAAGGUGGAGUCCAUGAAGGAGGUGGUGCCGGCGCCGGGCUCUGGCGAAGUCAAGGAGGCGACGGCAGCGGGAGGAGCUCAAUAAUAUCAAGAUCGGCCUGAUGCUCCAGCAGAUGCCGAUGACGAAGGGAUUACCAUGCCCACUUACUCGACAUCCCCGCCACCAUUUUCGCUCCUCCAUCUCCGGCUUACAUACGGAUCGUGGCAAUAGAGGGAAUUGUUAGAGGCAACUGGCUGCGAUCUAAGCACGCGUUUCUGCCGGUGGACGUGGGGGUGGAGGGGAGCGAGUUCAUGGUAACGAACUAUAACAUAAUAAUAAUACUAUGUUGGAAGGCCGCCACAUGUAUGAUAGAGCGUAGACUUGGUUGCUGAUCACUCGGAGGGUGUCCAUGGUCUGUGGCCCCUGCGCAGCCAGCGACUCCUUGAUCCAAUUGUACAUACAGAUUUACUCGAUCUAAAACUUAAUUAUAGGCAUAGGCAUAUAUUAUUUAACAAUUGUAAAUUGUUUCUCAGAAAAGGGUAUUAUUACACUGAACCUAGGAUUAGCUACGAAUAAUGUUUAAUAUCAGCGCAUAAGUCCGGAACCGAUUUGAGCAUUUCAAUUGAACAAUUAACUAUUAAUAGUUUUUAUUUCAACUCCAUACAUAAUAAUUAACUUAAUAAUUAAUUAGAUAGUUAGGAUCGGUGAAACAGUUGAGAACAGGGACCGUAGCGAUUGUAAGUCGAGACAUACACGGUAAUGGCAUUCAUGAUGAAUGAAUCUUAUGAAUUUUUGUUGCAGGAAAGAUAUGGUAUAUCACUAUAUAGUAUAACCUUGUAGAGCAGAAACUCAAUGUUUUAAUAUAUAGCUCCUAACAUAUUGUAUUUUCUAUAGUCGUAUCCUAUAUAACAAUCAGAUAUUGAUCAAAUAUGCUUCAGUUUUACAAAAUGUUAUUAGGAUACGAUUAUUAUUACUUCCUUAAAGAGGGUAGAUAUGCCUGGAAUUUUUAUCAUUUAUAAGCCACUGCAAAACAAAUGUACAAUAUAUAUAUAUACAUAUUUAUAUAUAAUUGUACAAUAUUUAUUUAUGAGAUCGGAAAUGGUUAAAUAACUUAAUAACAUAUGAAAUAUUAUUUCUUGACUUUUAUUAGUUUGUUGAAGAAAUAAUGAUGGUUGUAAGUUUUAAGCCCACACAUAGCAUAAUCAUUGUAAACGUCGGAUUAGGACUUUGAAAUAGGAAUCUAUGAGAAGACUGAUAUUUGAUAGUAAAACUUCUGAAACCCAUUUUCAAGUAAAGCUAACAUUUCAUCAAACAUUGUAAAUAUAACUGAUAAUAUAUCUGAGAGCGAGAAUUGUUCACGCCGAAGCGGACCUCUCUGCCCUAAAAUUUGUGUAAACGGAUCUGGUAGGUAACUUCGCCUUAAAAAAUGAGUCUUGCAGGUUCUAUUAGGUAUUAUGUACACUUUAUGAUACUUAUAUGAAAUUAUAUCAAUCUUCGCAUAGAUCCCUGUGGAACUGUCAUUAUCAAGAACUAGUCGCUUGCAUUCGGAAAAUAAAUAAUUGUUAAGUGAAAUGGUAAAACACGCAAGCCAUAUGCAUUGUUAAAUCGAAAAUUUAAAUAUUUUGUAUUGCAAAAACUAGAAAUAAUCAUUAUAUACGGUCCCUGGUUCAGAGUCCACUCUGAAGCAUCAAAUCUUUAAAUCAUCUACAUAAUUGUAAAUUCUAGUAAUUUGCUAGCUCUUUUUUUAAUGCCUAAUGAUAAGUUUUUUUUUUACAACAUUUUUUUUGCUAUUGCUGAAUAAAAUAAAAAAUUGCACUGUAAUAUAGUGUAAUACAUGUGAAUACGGAA